UUGAGAAAUAAAAAUGGUAAGUCAAAUAAAUGCAAUACAGAGUUAGUUUUUUCAAGUCAACCUGAUCACGCCAGUUCCCACAUUUCACUGCACUGUUGGUUGCUUCAAUUCCCUCUCUCUUCCUCAUUCACCUUCCGCUAUGGAGCUCUCCUUAUCCAACUCUUCUUCACUUCGUUUUCCUCAAAAUGAUUUCCUUCCUCGCCAUAAUCGCUCAACCCUUGGACCCUUUCAUACUUUUUCCAUCAAAAAAUUGGCAUCAAAAUCAAUUUCUAUAUGUAGACCGUUGAUUUGGCGCCGACCUCCUUUAGUUAGACUCAACGCUCAAACCGCUACCGAAAGCAAUGCUAGUGGUGAUAAACAUGGCGAUGACGAUUUUAUUGUAGAGGAUGUUCCUCACUUGACCCAUUUUCUUCCCGAUUUACCGUCAUAUACUAAUCCAUUGAAAAAGAGCCAAGCUUAUGCUGUUGUCAAGAAAACUUUUGUUAGUCCAGAAGAUAUGGUGGCAAAGGAAAUCAUCGUUCAGAAGGACAGCCCCAGGGGUAUACAUUUUCGGCGUGCAGGACCUCGAGAAAAGGUUUUCUUUACACCGGAAGAAGUCCGUGCUUGUAUUGUGACAUGUGGUGGUUUAUGCCCAGGAAUCAAUACAGUGAUUCGUGAAAUUGUAUGCGGCUUAAAGAAUAUGUAUGGAGUUGAUGAUGUACUUGGCAUUCAGGGAGGUUACAGUGGGUUUUACUCAAAAAAUACCCUGAACUUGACAACAAAAGUCGUUAAUGAUAUUCAUAAACGUGGUGGAACCUUUCUUCAAACAUCUAGAGGAGGUCAUGAUACUAAAAAGAUUGUUGACAACAUUCAAGACCGUGGAAUAAAUCAGGUAUACAUAAUUGGAGGGGAUGGAACUCAAAAAGGGGCUGCUGCAAUCUACAAGGAAGUUGAAAAACGUGGUAUUAAGGUAGCUGUUGCUGGGAUUCCCAAGACAAUUGAUAAUGAUAUCGCGGUGAUAGACAAAUCUUUUGGCUUUGAUACUGCCGUGGAGGAAGCUCAGAGGGCCAUUAAUGCUGCCCAUGUAGAGGCAGAAAGCGUGCAGAAUGGAGUUGGUAUAGUAAAGCUUAUGGGAAGAUACAGUGGAUUCAUUGCAAUGCUUGCAACUUUAGGUAACCGCGAUGUGGACUGUUGCUUGAUCCCAGAGUCCCCAUUUUACUUAGAAGGUCCAGGUGGGCUCUAUGAAUAUGUUGAACAGCAGCUCAAAGAAAAUAGGCAUGUGUUAAUUGUAUUAGCAGAAGGUGCUGGGCAGGAAUAUGUUGCUCAAAGUAUGCAAGCAUUUCAAGAAAAAGAUGCAUCUGGAAAUAGGCUACUCCUAGAUGUCGGUCUUUGGUUAACACAACAAAUUAAGGAUCAUUUCACAAAUGAAAGGAAGAUGACAAUAAAUAUGAAAUACAUAGGGAAACGCAACCUCUACACUUCGGACCCUACAUACAUGAUUCGAGCAAUUCCAAGCAAUGCAUCAGAUAACAUCUACUGUACACUUCUUGCACAAAGUGCUGUCCAUGGAGCGAUGGCUGGAUUCACAGGCUUCACAGUUGGACCUGUAAACAGCAGACAUGCUUAUAUUCCAAUUAAUCGUGUCACUGAAACUACAAACACCGUGAACAUGACAGGCAGGAUGUGGGCACGACUUCUUGCCUCUACUAAUCAACCAAGCUUCGUUAAUCAUCAGACUUUGAGAGAAAGAGUUGAUAAGAAUACUAUUGAUGCAAUUAACAAUAUGAAGAUCAAUUCCACAUAGAUUUCAUCAUCCUGUAAUCUCUCUCCGUAAGCAUUUUUAACCAGAUAUUGAUUUUUUGCCUAAUUUGUUGGGAGCUGCAGUUUCCCAGUCCGGAAAAGCAAGUGAUUGAAUAUUUUUAUCCAUAUCAAAAUAUUUAUUCGACAGUUGUCUCCACACAUCCAAUACCUUUGUCUUUUUUGUUUUACUUCUUGAUUAUUCUAGGUAGGAAAAGAUUAUUCAAUGUAGAGGAGCAUUUAUGGGAAGAUUAUAGUCUGGUUUUUGAUGUUUCUUACGAACUCAACUCUUUCUGAGCUGGAAUCAAUGAGGUGUGUCUUAUAUAAGGUGCUUUUCAAUCAUUUAUUCUAUAUUUGAUUUCAUUUCCCUAGUGAGAUUAUACUAGGGUGUGUUGUCUAUAUUUGAAUUCAUUCUCUGAAAUCUUGAUGAACAAAAUUGAGACGUGUUUUAUAAAAUUCAUAAUGUGCCAUUGGAAGAGAA